AUGAACCUCGGUCGCGGCGUCCCGCUGCACGCCAUCCCGCCCGACGCGCCGCUGUGCAUCGUCGGGUUCAAGGCCGGGCGCAAGGACCUCUUCUUCUGCGAGGACCCGUCGCUGCGCCUGUCCGAGGGCGACCUCGUCAUCGUCGAGGCCGACCGCGGUCGCGACGUCGGCAAGUACAUCAAGAGCUGCACGGUCGACGAGGUGCACAAGUUCCAGCAGCAGAUGGUCGAGCUCGCGCUCGGCCAGCUCGCCAACCCGGCGACGGGCGCCAACGCGGGCGUCGAGGGCCUCGGCGCCGCACUCGGGCAACAAGGGCCGGGCGCGCAGGCCAACCCGGCGCAGCUCGCGCGCAUGACCAAGGAGUGCCAGCCCAAGCGCAUCUACACCAAGGCGGGCCCGGCCGACACGCACGCGCUCCUCGCCAAGGCGCAGGACGAGAUCAAGGCGCUCCAGCUCGUGCGCUCCAAGGUCGCACAAAAGGGCCUCCCGAUGGAGAUUCUCGACGCCGAGUGGCAGUGGGACCGCCGCAAGCUCACGUUCUACUACACGGCCGACCAGCGUGUCGACUUCCGCGAGCUCGUGCGCGAGCUCUUCCGCAUCUGGAAGACCCGCGUCUGGCUAUGCUGCCUCGACCAGCAGCAGCCGUCGUUCGACCUGCAGUAAUGCCUCGACUCGGCGCUCGAACCCCCUCCCGACCUUUCCCCUCCCCUUCCUUCCCUGCUUCCCUUGUGCUGUACCAUAAAUCGCCGUCCCUCGCUCUCGUCUCUCAAGAUCUGUUCCGUCCCUCGCAGCCUACACUACCACCCUAAACGGCCGUCGCCCGCCGACUCGGCGAGAGACGCGCUCACCCUUCGUCGUCACUCCCUUUUUUUUGUUCUCACUACUGCGUAGACGCCCCUUCUUCCGUCCCUCGGCCUCUACACAGAGAUUUCCUCGUGUGCAGUCAAUACAGAGAUCCGCUUGCCCAAUC